GAAACUACAGCAUCUACUCAGGACACUCCCUACACUUACACCAGAAGAAAUCAACAUACCCCUAGAGCCCCGACCAGGGUUAUUCUAUCUACUACCCAAGAUCCACAAACCCGGCAAUCCUGGACGCCCCAUCAUCUCGGGCAUUGGCACUCUCACUGAAGGACUGUCUGGAUAUAUGGACUCUCUACUCAGACCCUAUGCCACCAGCACUCCCAGCUAUCUCCGCGACACCACUGAUUUCCUGAGGAGACUACAAUGCAUUGGUGACCUCCCAGAAAACACCAUCCUAGCCACCAUGGAUGUAGAGGCUCUCUACACAAACAUCCCACACACAGAUGGAAUACAAGCUGUCAGGAACACUAUCCCUGAUGAUGCCACAGCACAACUGGCUGCUGAGCUCUGUGCCUUUAUACUUACACACAACUAUUUCAAAUUUGAUGACAAUAUAUAUCUCCAGAUCAGUGGCACUGCUAUGGGCACCCGCAUGGCCCCACAAUAUGCCAAUAUCUUCAUGGCCGACCUGGAACAACGCUUCCUCAGCUCUCGUCCACUCACACCCCUUCUCUAUCUACGCUACAUUGAUGACAUCUUCAUCAUCUGGACCCAUGGGAAGGAGACUCUGGAAAAAUUCCACCAUGAUUUCAACAGCUUCCACCCCACCAUCAACCUCAGCCUGGACCAAUCUACACGGGAGGUCCACUUUCUUGACACCACGGUGCAAAUAAGUGAUGGUCACAUUAACACCACCCUAUAUCGAAAACCCACCGACCGCCAUGCCUACCUUCAUGCCUCCAGCUUCCAUCCCGGGCACAUCACACGAUCCAUUGUCUACAGCCAAGCACUGAGGUACAACCGCAUCUGCUCUGACCCCUCAGACAGAGACCAACACCUACAAAAUCUCCACCAAGCAUUCUCAAAACUACAAUACCCACACGAGGAAAUAAGGACACAGAUCAACAGAGCCAGACGUGUACCCAGAAGCCUCCUACUGCAAGACAAACCCAAGAGAGAAACCAACAGGACUCCACUGGCCAUCACAUACAGCCCCCAGCUAAAACCCCUCCAACGCAUCAUCAAGGAUCUACAACCCAUCCUGGACAAUGAUCCCACACUUUCACAGGCCUUGGGUGGCAGGCCUAUCCUUGCCCACAGACAACCUGCCAACCUGAAACAUAUUCUCACCAGUAACUGCACACCACACCAUAAUAACUCUAGCUCAGGAACCAAUCCAUGCAACAAACCUCGAUGCCAGCUCUGCCCACAUAUCUACACCAGCGACACCAUCACAGGACCUAACCAGAUCAGCCACACCAUCACUGGUUCAUUCACCUGCACAUCCACCAAUGUAAUAUACGCCAUCAUAUGCCAGCAAUGCCCCUCUGCUAUGUACAUCGGCCAAACUGGACAGUCUCUACGGAAAAGGAUAAAUGGACACAAAUCAGACAUUAGGAAUGGCAAUAUACAAAAACCUGUAGGAGAGCACUUCAACCUCCCUGGCCACACUAUAGCAGACCUUAAGGUGGCCAUCCUGCAGCAAAAAAACUUCAGGACCAGACUUCAAAGAGAAACUGCUGAGCUUCAGUUCAUCUGCAAAUUUGACACCAUCAGCUCAGGAUUGAACAAAGACUGUGAAUGGCUUGCCAAUUACAGAACCAGUUUCUCCUCUCUUGGUUUUCACACCUCAACUGCUAGAACAGGGCCUCAUCCUCCCUGAUUGAACUGACCUCGUUAUCUCUAGCUUGCUUGCUAGCACACAUAUAUAUACCUGCCCCUGGAUAUUUCCAUUACAUGCAUCUGAGGAAGUGGGUAUUCACCCACGAAAGCUCAUGCUCCAAAACCUCUGUUAGUCUAUAAGGUGCCACAGGAUUCUUUGCUGCUUUUACAGAUCCAGACUAACACGGCUACCCUCUG